AUGGCUUCCCAGGAUCUUCAGUGGCUUCUUGUUCGCAACAACUCCAGCUUCAUUGUGAAGCAGAAGGGUCUCGGCCGCAUCUUCUCUCGCGAGCCCCGCAACCUCACCCAGCUCCACAGCUACAAGUACUCUGGUCUCGUCAACUCCAAGGCCGUCGGCAUUGAGCCCGCCCAGUCUGGCAAGGGUGUCGUUCUUACCACCAAGAACUCCAAGAAGACUCCCUUUUCGAUCAGGGGCACCAAGAACACUUCCACCAUCAAGAAGGGUGGCAGCCGUCGUGCCGCCGGCGUUGUCUCCAACAUCGUUGCCAAGAAGGGUUACCGUGCUGACUUGACCAAGGCCGCCGUUGUCCGUGCCUCCGCCAUCCUCCGAUCGCAGCGUGGUCGCAAGCAGCCCCCUGCCCGCAAGGUCCGUGGCGCUGGCCCGCGCAAGACCGUCAAGGUCGAGGAGCCCGUCGCCUAA